AUGGAGCUCAGUUUGUACGGUUCACAGAUUAGUCUGGCAGCGCGCGAGAAACCAACAUCAGCCAACCACAGGGAACGUCCCGGAUCGGCACUGCAACACGGUACCCGACCUUACUCGGGGCCUGGACCUCACAUCCGGCGACCCCUAUCGGCGGACAGCACUCAAUACCCAUACCGGAAACGUCCUUCGUCUUGCGGAAGUAGCGGACAGCCCGCGUCACCGUUCCAUCAGCUGCAACACUCGAAACGUUGCACGUCAUCGUCUAGCCUCCUGCUGAAAGGAUUGCUUCCUGAUCCGAUCUCGCGCUACUGGGAUUCGAAGACCACUCCCAGGCUGGUAAGGACACCAUCAUCAACUUUAGGAGGCUCAUCGAACAGUGUGGAACGGGUGGGGCUGAGGCGCCAGCAAACCCAAGCUUCACUGCAUCACACGGGCCGCCACGUGGUGAAGAACAAGUGCCGCAAACGCUCCACUGCGAGCAUUGGUGCUGCAUCCAACAAGCGCCCUCAAAACCCUUCCCUUGACAGGAGGUCUCGGCGACGGAAUAGUUCCGAGGAAGAGGACGAAGAGGACAGCAGUAUGGACGAGAUGGAAGACACGCAGGAGUCCAACAAUGAGGCCGAGCUUGAGGGAAUAUGGCGUGGUAAACCUUUGAAUCACCGGUCAAACGAGAAGAAACGCUCGGGACCCAUGGUUGCGCUGCCUCUUAACCGGAAGUCCGAUGGUCCGUUGCUGAUUGAUGGGGGGCUGAAAAAGAACAACAACUCUCCGGAAAAGCAAGUCAACCGGAAACUAGAUCUACCGGGAAGGGUGUCCUUCAGCUCGAACGAUCCGUACGAGAUUGAUUAUAGCGAGUUCGAGGAGAAUGAGUUUGAUCGUUCGAAGGACAUCGCUUCGAAGCGGUUUGGUAGCGUCAAGUUCGAGGAAGACAUGACGAUCAGUUCGGGCUACGAGACAAAGUGUGACGAUGGCGGUAACGGAUCGCUAGCGAAACCUUCAUCCAGUAAACCCAUCUGUGAUGUCUCAGAAUCGAACAAAAUUAUUGAGGACUACAAAAAGGAAAUCGAGGAUCUAAACCGUCGGCACAAUAUGGAGCUGCGGAUGGCGGUAUGCCGGUCGGAUGGAGAUGACGUGGCCGAUAGACCCGCGGUGGCAUCGAAAACGUACGAUCCCAAGUGUUUCACCCCAUCGGAGACACCGGAAGAGCUUUUUAUCAACACUUCCACUUCUACGAAGGCACUCGAGAGCACGACUGAGGAUACGGAUAUCGAGCUGGAUAGGCCAACCAGGGUACGGUUAGAGAAGAACGUUAUCAAUGAGUACUACGAGUGUAUCAACGAGAUCAUCACCGAGCAGUCACCUUCGAGAGGAACGCAUCGAAACCCAUUAGAGACCAUCGAUGUAGGCCAUGAUCUGAUACCAGAGCCACCGGAUUCUAAGGAGGAUCCCAUCCAGCGUAACCUGAACAACGAGUGCACCAAGAGUGGACCGAAAGACAAACAGUUCUCGGGAUCGAGUGGCAAUGGUGGUACCGCUGGAAAAGGAAAAUCCAAUGAACAACAAUCGAAAAACCGGCUAGACUCUAGUGUCAGUCCUGUUAUAAAGAAUUAUUUUAAAGUAAAAGAGCAGAACAUUGCAUCCGACAGUCGAAGUAGUCCGGCAGCUAGUGGAAGCGCGAGUAGCAGUAAAUCUGGAGGACACUCGAAGGGGGGUGGUACUCUGUUAUCGAAACGCAGUAGCAAAGAAAAACCCAAGUCGGCCGAUACGCACAAAUCCAUUCUACGGAAUGCAAAGAAACAAAAUAAUAAUGUGCGUGGCGGUAGUGGACUGUGUCGUGAGGAUAGCAAUAUUUCCGAGUUUCACAUCGAUAGGGUUGUUAGCUGGAUGUCGUGUAAUGAGGAAACCUUUCCCGUUGGAAGUGUCGUGGGUUCAACGAUCAUGGAUGAGAAUCACGGUGAUGAUAGAUCCAAACCGGUUCGUGAACAUGAUCCGAUAAAGGCGAGCAGCAGCGUGCAAUCCAACUAUGACGAGGAUUCGGUCGUCAGUGGUAGUGCCAAGCAAAAAUCUGAUUUCCAAUCGUUGAAGAAUGAGGUCGAAUAUCGAUUGAGCAACAUUCUGGAUUGCACCGAUUCGCAGAUCAGCUCAGGUUGCGAAGCUGAUACGGCGGAACAGCAACAGAAGGAUAAGGUGAAAGAUCUGUUCUCCUACCUCGAUCAGGUGGAGCGAAAGUGUGACAAAUCCAUUAGCGGUGUACUACCCUCGGAAUCGGACCGAUCGGAGUUGGAAUUUGCCGCCGAACCGGACUAUAUCGAGGCCGUGCCUAAAAUGAACGAUCUGCUGGAACUACCAACACAUCAACUAGCACGCCGCGUGAUCAAACUUUCGCUGCGCGCCAACGAGCUGAGCAACGCCAUGCAGCUAUCGAAGGAUCACAUUGCAACCGUGAAAGCGGACAAAGUGAAGGCAAUACGCACGGAAAAAUGUGCCCUGCAGGGUAAGCUGAAGGAACAGAAGAAACACUACGAGGACAUCAUCGGACGCCACCAGGAGUUCAUCGAUCAGUUGAUCAAAGAUAAAUCAGGCCUUUGCGAUAAAGUGACACAGAUGACCCGACGGCUCGACUCGCAGAACCAGAGCUGGGAGCACCGGCUGAAGACGGAGCUGGAGCGGGCCCGUGAUACUGCGCUGGCGGCAGAAAAAAUCCGUCGCGAAAAAUGGGUCCGCGAGAACACGAAAAAAAUCAAGGAGCUAACGGUGAAAGGAUUGGAGCUCGAGAUCAAUAAGAUGACGGCCACACACCAGAAAGAGGUGGCCGAGCUAAAGCGCCAGCACCAGGACGAGAUGGCGUGUGCGCUCGGUGAACUGAAACUGCAGUUCGAGCAGAAGGAGGCAGAUGUACGCCAGGGGCUUGUAAAGGAGCGCGAAACGACACUGGAGCGUGAACGGCAGGCCUUGCUCGAGCGCUUCGAGCGUCAGGUUACCGAGGAGCGAACGAUCUUCGAGCAGCAGCGCCAGCAUCUACUCAGUGAGUUCGAUCUGGAAAAGGAGCGACUGCAAAAGGAGGCAGCUCGUAAGGCACAGUACGCCGAAAGUCAGCUGGAGGAGCUGAAGCGAGAGAACUGCAAAAACCUCGACUUUGCCCAGAAGGAGUACGUGCAGAUGCUGAAGCAGCGUGAAACGAAACACCAGGACGAGCUGACGAAGCUACAGAAGCAGUUUGAAUCCGAUUUUUCCAUCUGGAAGCGUGAGCACGAGCGCAAGUCAAAGUCGGAGUUAGAAGAGCGUGAAACCGUGAUCCGCGGUCAGUGUCGGGCGGAGCGGGACCAACAAAUUGAUCGCAUAGUAGCGAAGGUGGAUGCCGAAACACAAAAAUAUCAGCUGGAGUUUGAUGCCAAAAUGAACCGUCUUAAGGAAAAGCAUGAAGCCGAACAGAAGGAAGCGGAAGCUACGGAGGCGCUUUUGAAGCAAAAGUAUCAGGAUGCUCGCGUGAAACUGGCGGAAGCCGAAGCAACAAUCCAGAAUAUGAAGGCUUCGGCCAAGCAAACCGAUCUACAGCUCAACCACACGAAGAAGUUGUGCGACGAUCUGCUACACGAGAAAGAAACGAUGCGUGAGGAGGCACGACGGGAGGUGCAAAAGGAUAUGGCUAACAUGCAGCGCGAACGAGAGCGUGAAAUCGAACGAAUUUACUGCAGAGUUCAACAGGCCAUCGACAAAAAGGAUGCAACCAUAUCGGCCCUCCAGAAGGAGAUCGCAGGGCUGAAGGAGCGUUGCCUCAAACAGGACGCCAUCAUUCGGCAACAGCGCAUAGACUAUUGUAUUAAGUAG